UCUAGAUGGGUAAAGUGAAUUACGAUUAGGCGAGCAGUGAGUCCGCCAUUGUCAUUGUACAGCAAAAAUAUCAAAAGAGCGACAACAAUGCCUGACUAUUCGAAACGGCCGGAUCCAGUGGAUGAACUAGACAACUAUGGUCUAGAUGAUGAUCUUUGGAAGACGCCCUCUCCGCCUGGGUCCCCCAAAAAGAAGGACGAUGGCCUGGGUAUUGAUGAGCAGGUCUCGGUGAAGAAGCAAGCGCGGGCUCCUGCUGUCAAGCUUGACGAGGAGAGACUGCUAAGUGAGGCUGGUAUCCCAACAUUGCGCAAGAGGGCUGGCAAGCUGAAGCUCAAGGGCAAAGGACAUGAGUUUUCUGACGCGGCACGAUUGCUCACCUUUUAUCAAAUGUGGCUUGACGACCUCUAUCCCAAAGCCAAAUUUGCUGACGCCCUGGUUAUGGUAGAAAAGGCUGGCCACAAGAGGAAGCUUGCUGCUGCCCGUACGGAGUGGCUAAACGAAUCGAGGCCAAAGGAGACUGGGGAUGGCGAUUUAUCGCUACCUGCUCUUGGUGACGGACAAAAGACGCCUACAAGAGCAAUGGCUCUAGAAGACGAGGACAUCUAUGGAUCUACGCCAUUAGCGCGCAGACCGCAGGCUGCAACCACCACCACCACUCAAAACAAUGAUGUGCCAGAUGAAGAUGACCUCGAUGCUUUAAUGGCGGAGGCAGAGGCCCAGGAUAAUGGCCCCACGGCUGCCCCGACGAAUGGCCCUCCCGAGGAUGACCUAGACGAUCUCGACGCCAUGAUGGCAGAAUCUGAAGCCCAUCCCAACCCCGUCAAGCUGGCAGCACCAGUAGCUGAUCCUUCGUUUGACGAGGACGAGGAGGCCAUGCGAGAAAUGGAGGGCUGGUGAGCAGCAGAGUCGGAAAAGGCAUGGUACGAGGUGUGUGAUGCAUAUUGGCGGCGUUUUGUUUAAGAAUUCACGAUGUACAUGACAGUAUCAUAAUAUAUAUAUAUAUUAACAAUUAAAUGAAUUUUCAAAGUAAAA